AUGGGCCUCUCGGACCCGACGGCGCUGAAGCUCUCUAUGGCGAGCUCAUCGCUCUUCUGGGAUCAGGCACACGGGAAACCCGACAGCGUCGAGUACAACGAUAACCCGGAAUCUACAAGGUACUACUUCGAAGGACUUGGGCAGCUGUCGAAGCGUCUGCGCGACCCGCGUGAGUCUGUCAGCGCUGGUGUUAUUGCUUCAAUUCUCGGGUGUGUCUGCCAUGAUGUGACUGUCGCAAAUUGGGAUCGCUGGGCCGUCCACCUUAACGGUUUACAUCGUAUAUCAAAGCUUCGCGGCGGAUUCGAAGGCCUGGAAAAUAACAUUGCUUUAAUAGCUUUUUGGUUAGAUAUCGCCGGCAGGACCGUCCUCGAUUCACCGCCAUGGUUUCCAAUUCCGCGAGAAAUAUGCACGCCUGAGGUUGAAGAGGUACCUCCUGCGAUGGAUCGACUUCUCGUUGGCUUGGAUUCGGUAUAUCCCCAGUUAUCGCCGGUUCUCUGUGCCUUGCGGAUGAUGUCCUCGGUUGCUCAAAUGGUCAAUCGCGACAGUGAUUCAAUGCCGUUUUGGAAAAACGAAGUCUUGGGAAUCCACCUGAUAGGUCCUGUCACUCACCGUCUACUCUCUAUCCCGAGAUUAUCCGACGAUCCUACGAAGGAGUCAGAUCCCUCGGUCGUAGGAGAGAUGGUUCGCCUAUCAUGCCUUAUAGUCCUCUCUGGCGUAAAGAAGGGCUUCUGCCUGAAUUCCUCCGACAUGGUACCGCUUCAAGCAAAGUUUGCUGAAAUGGCAGCUCGGAGUUUGGGCGAGAUAGACUCGAGGCUACAAGACCUCAGGCUCUGGGCGCUUGUCACUUCGGCUCUUCUACGCCCCAGCGAUGCGAGAUUGUCUUUGAUAUCCCAUAUUCAAGUGCAUAUCGUGAGCCAAGGUCUUGUCGAUGCCCGCGCCGCAGUCGACAUUGCAAGGGCCUUGGUCUGGAUUGAGGCCUUAGAAGCACACGAGGAAACAGGGUUAGUAGCGCAGGUCAACGGCGAUGACGUCUGUUGCUUUUAG